CCUUCCCUCAGUUUCCCUUUUAGCUUCCCUUCACCCAUUACAAAUCCAAACAGGCCCUGAACUUAAUAAUGACGUAAUCGCUGUCUGCAGCGUCUCCUCACAAAAAUUCAAACUAUGUCCGACCAAUUUCCGACCUUCUCUUCUCAUCAAAUCCCCCAACAAAACCCUAAUCCUAGCCCUAGCCCUAACCCUAACCCUAAUUUCGACCCCCAAAUCCCCUCCAAUGGCAAGCGCAGGCGCACUGGCCUCCGCCGCAAGCUCUCCAAUGGCGCAAAUCCCGCCACCAACAACCCUAACCCUAACCCUAAUCCUGACAUCUCAGAAGAUAUCAUAGUGAUCAACAAAGACGCCACUGCCGAAGCGCUAACUGCCCUAACCGCCGGCUUCCCUGCCGAUUCUCUCACCGAGGAGGAGAUCGAAGCCGGGGUCGUCUCCUCCGUUGGUGGGAUCGAACAGGUAAAUUACAUUCUAAUUAGAAACCAUAUUCUUUCUAAAUGGAGAGAGAAUGUGACGAAUUGGAUCGUAAAAGAGCAAUUUAUCAAUGUAAUUCCUCCGCAUUAUGAAACCCUUUUGAACUCGGCGUAUAAUUACUUGGUUUCGCAUGGGUAUGUGAACUUUGGGGUUGCUCCGGCGAUCAAAGACAAGAUUCCGGCGGAGCCCAGCAAGCCAAAAAAUGUCAUUAUUGUUGGUGCUGGCUUAGCUGGCUUGGCUGCUGCUAGGCAAUUGAUGACAUUCGGGUUCAAGGUUGUGGUCUUGGAGGGGAGGAAGAGAUGUGGGGGGAGAGUUUAUACUAAGAGAAUGGAGGGGGCUAAUAAGUUUGCUGCUGCUGAUUUAGGCGGUAGCGUGUUAACGGGCACUUUAGGAAACCCUUUAGGGAUUAUAGCGAAGCAGUUGGGUUCGACUCUUCAUAAGAUAAGAGACAAGUGCCCUUUGUAUCAGCCUGAUGGGAGCCUGAUUGAUCCUGAUAUUGAUAUUAAGGUGGAGAAUGCAUUUAAUCGUCUCUUAGACAAGGCAAGCAAACUGAGGCAGUGUAUGGGAGAGGUGGCUAUGAAUGUUUCUUUAGGGGCUGCUUUGGAGACUUUUAGGCAAGUAUUUGGUGAUGCUGUGACUGAUGAGGAAAUGAACUUGUUCAAUUGGCAUUUGGCUAAUUUGGAGUAUGCAAAUGCUGGGCUUUUGUCGAAGCUUUCAUUGGCAUUUUGGGACCAAGAUGAUCCUUAUGAUAUGGGCGGGGAUCACUGUUUUCUUCCUGGAGGCAAUGGACGGUUAGUUCAAGCUUUAGCGGAGAAUGUUCCGAUUAUCUAUGAGAAGACGGUGCACAUGAUUCGUUAUGGUGGGGAUGGAGUUCAGGUUUUUUCAGGAGCACAGGUUUAUGAAGGAGACAUGGUUCUUUGUACAGUUCCACUCGGGGUUUUAAAGAAGGGGGCAAUAAAGUUUGUGCCUGAACUGCCUCAGAGAAAACUUGAUGGAAUUAAAAGAUUAGGGUUUGGGUUGUUGAACAAGGUUGCAAUGCUGUUCCCUCAUGUUUUCUGGAGCACUGAUCUGGAUACAUUUGGGCAUUUGGCAGAAGAUCAGAGUCGUCGAGGGGAGUUCUUUUUGUUUUAUAGUUAUGCGACAGUAGCCGGUGGACCGCUUCUGAUUGCAUUGGUUGCAGGGGAAGCAGCACAUAGCUUUGAAAGCAUGCCUCCUACAGAUGCUGUGACACAAGUUCUUCAGAUUCUCAGGGGGAUAUACGAACCACAAGGAAUCAAGGUUCCAGACCCUCUACAAAGUGUUUGCACCCGAUGGGGCACAGACCAAUUCAGCUUGGGUUCAUAUUCCCAUGUCGCCGUGGGAGCAUCCGGAGAUGACUAUGAUAUCCUGGCAGAAAGCGUAGAAGACGGGAGACUUUUCUUUGCAGGUGAAGCCACUAUGCGAAGAUAUCCAGCAACAAUGCACGGUGCUUUCCUUAGUGGUCUGAGAGAGGCAGCCAAUAUGGCUCAUCAUGCUAAUGCCCGAGCACUUCAAGUAAAGGUUGAAAGAAGUCUAUCAAAGAACACAGAAUCAUGUGCUGCGGUUCUAGCUGAUUUAUUCAGAGAACCGGAUCUUGAAUUUGGUGGGUUUUCUGUGAUUUUUGGAAGGAAAACAUCCGAUCUCAAAUCCACAGCAAUCCUGAGGGUGGCAUUGGGCGGCGUAAUAAAGAAGAAUAAUAAUGAAGGGACAAAAACGGACCAACAGCAUUCUAAUAAGUUGCUAUUUCAGCAGCUACAGUCACAUUAUAACCAGCAGCAGCAGCUUCAUGUUUAUACAAUGUUAACAAGGCAACAAGCUCUGGAUUUGAGAGAGGUUAGGGGUGGAGAUGAGAUGAGGUUAAAUUAUCUAUGUGAGAAACUUGGUGUGAAGUUGGUUGGUAGAAAAGGAUUGGGAACUGCUGCUGAUGCCAUUAUUGCUUCCAUCAAGGCGGAGAAGAGUAACAGGAGGGCGAGUGCGAAUUCUGUAGAUGUGAAUAGGGAACUUAUAUGUGUAUUCUUGUCCAUAAACUUGACUGAAAAUAAUUCUUGCAAUGUUCCUGCGGCAUUCUUGUUCUAUUUCACUUGUGAAGAAGUCACUUGUAAGUGAGUUGUCACAUUUACUCCGGCAAAAUAUGCGUAUCAGCUGAUGCUGUGACCUGUAACGAUUCAAUAGAGAAACUUGCUAGAGAUUUAAAUCUCA